AAACAUAUAAUAUAUAAAAUAAUUUAUAUAUAAAAUGUUCAUUCCGCACAAGGCGCGGAUCUUAACCUAGGCAAGAGAUUAUUUGUAUAUAUGCUUUAAUUUUUUCAUGCAAGUAACAACUAACAAGGAAGCAGUGUUUUCUCUUCAUUUUGGUUAUUCACUGGUGAGAGCAAUGACACUGGACAUUUUCUAUCUAAUUUACGUUCUCUAUUUGAUAACUAUUCAGAACCUACGGGGAUAUGGCAUGUGCUUAUUAUCUAUGAAUAUGAAUAGUACUUAUAUAGCUCAUUAUGCUCGACCGUGUGUGCAAUGUAGCUAUCUUCCAAUAUUAUUUUUGUAACGCCCCGACCGUCUACUGCUAAUGGGCCAUCCACACCUGUUCAUUCGGCCCGUGUGUUACAUUCCGUCCGACGGGAAGUUCAUUAAUUUUUUCAAGGCCCAUAAGUCUUAUUUACUGACUAUGCAAUCACCACAUGACAUUUCUCUGUGUUUUGGCCUCAUUCGUACGGUAUCACGAAUCACUUCCCGAUAGGUCAUCCAUCCUUUCACUACUCCAACCCAGCAUGCUUAACUCUAGAAUUCGAAACAGAUGUGUGACGAAAAAGAUAAGUCAACUUUGAUAACAGAAGUAGUCAAAUCAAUUUUCUUAAACAUUUUCUAUAUAUCAUAACUGGAGAUGUUACAAUUCACCUCCUCUCAAAGAACGCAACGCUCUCGUUGCGCCCCACGACUGGUCUCAAGGCGUCUUUCGGGUCAGAACCGAGAUGGCUAACCAACUCUUACCACUUGUAACACCCCGACCGUCUACGGUUAAUAGACCAUCCACGUCCGCUCACUCGGCAUGUGGGCCCCAUCCCGUCCGACGGGAGAUGCAUUAAUUUAUCCAAAGCCCAAAAGUCUUGUUUACUGACCAUGCAAUCAUCAUCCGAUCUUUCUCCAUGUUUUGACCUCACUCGUAUGGUCUCGCGAAUCACUUCCCGAUAUGUCACUCAUCCUUUCACUACGUCAGCCCAAUCACGAUUAACUCUAGAGUUCUAAACAGAUGUGUGACGGAAAAGAUUAGUCAACUUUGGUAAUAUACAUAGCCAAAUCAAUUACCUUAAAUAUUUUUAAUAUAUCACAACUCGUGAUGUUACAAUUUUACUUUUUUCUCUUUUUCAUCAGAUUUGAUAUAUGUUGCGUUUUAUAUAAGAACAAUUUCAAAAAAGAUAUAUAGUUAAAUAUCAAUGAUAAAUGAUGAAAGUCUGUUGACAAGUGGAUGAACCACUUUUUCUUUGACAUCUUUCUGUAUGAACAAAAGUUUAGAGAUGAUAAUUACAUUAUUUUCAGUAUGUGAUAGAUCUUUUAAAAAAAUCUAUUUUAUUCUAAGUUUCAAGAAUAAAGUAACUAAAUUUUGAAAAGAAAUUAAAAAUUUUAAUCCUAUUUUUAGGUUUAAUAUCAAAUUUAGUUUGUUUUAUGAAAAUUAAAUAUAACUUAUUUCUUUUUUCAAUUAAAAUUAAGAUUUUUUUUAAAAUUUUAAUCUAUAAUUUAGUUAAUUUCAUGAAAAUUAAAAUAAAAUUAGAAAAUUUUAAGAUUUGUUUUUCAAUUUUUCAAUUUUGAUUUUUUUUUUUUGAAAUUUAUUAAAAUUCUUGAUUAGAGUGAAUACAGUUGGGUAUGAGCAUGGUUUUGAAAUUUGGUGUAUUUAAAAAGAAUAAAAUAAUUAUUCUUUAUAUUAAAUUGAUAUUUAAAAAGUUCGGAUAUUUAAAAAAUUCAUAAAAGUUAAUUUGGAUAUUUAUAUGGAAUCUUCUUGCUUAUAUCAUAAGCUACUUGUUUAGUAUAUAAUAUAUGUUAUAAUUUAUUUGUAAUAAAUAUACAGCAGAUAAUUAAUAGUGACUAUUUAUAUAUUGAUUUUAAUAUAUCCACAAUUACCAUAUAUAAUUUAAUUUUACAACAGUACAAUGAUAAAAUCUGUAUUGCCUUUGAACCAAUCACCCCUAUAUUACUUAUGACCAAUGGCAGAUCUAGGUGGAACAAGAAGGGUGCAACCGCCCCCAGUAAAAAUUACAACUAAAAUUAAAUACAUCAGAAUUUAUAUAUAUCUUGCAAUUUAGUUGGUUAAAUUCUUUUAUUUGCACCCACUAAACCAAUGUUAGGACAACACUAUAUCUUUUUCACUGUUUUUGCCUCUAUUCAUUAUAUUUUCUAGAUCCGAUACUGCUUAUGAUCUGGUGGAUAAGAGAUGGAUUAAGAAAAUAACAAUUUUAGUAACCUUAUCUAAAUUUAAUUUAUUAAAAUUUAAUAAUAUUAUUAAAUACAAAUUACUGCUAAAAUCUACAAGCUUUUGGACAUAUUAAGCCUUCUCAAAACUAUAUAUAUACUCCUAUAAGCGCAACUAGAAAUGAAUAAGUGAAGAAAAACAUUGUAGAAAUAAGGUGAAACCUAAAGAAAAAAAAUGGGGAGAGUGAAAAUACAGAUGAGAAAAAUAGUGGAUAGACAACAAAGAAAUAUUGCAUUUGCCAAAAGAAAAAGCGGGCUUCUGAAAAAAGCUUAUGAACUCUUUGUUCUCUGUAAUGUUCAAAUGGUUCUCAUUUUCUUCUCACCUUCUGGUAAACUUUUCCUGUUUGAUACGAAAACAAGGAUGGAAGAGACUAUAAAGAAGUAUGUGGAUGUGCCUAUACGUCCAAGAUUCCAAGUCCAAGAGGAAACGUUUAUACGACGGUGGAUAGAUGUCAUGCGUUUUGAAUCACAAUAUCCUGAAUCGAUCCUGAGGCCCAGAGAAAAUUUUGACGACGGGAUUCUUCUUCAAACUCGAUCAAAGGAGAUCGAAGACGAAAUCUUCAAAUGCAAAGCCGAAUUGGCGAAAGUGGAACAACAGUACUUUCUAAAACAUCCAAAUCAAUGGGGAACAAGAGAUGACAUUGAGUAUCAAGAGAAAAUACUCGAGGAGACGUUGGAUAAAGUUCGAUCUCGGAAGUUUUAUCCGUCUCUUUAUUUCAGAAAUGCUUGGAAGCUCAAAAUGAAGCCUUUGAUGCUUCUAAUUGCCUGCUUCAAACUGAUGUGGAGAUUUCGCCAAGUGGAUAAAUUUUAUUUUUAUUCAUACCAUAAUAUUUUAUAUUAUCUAGCCGAAUAAUGUUGAGAUCGUCUGUAAUAUAUCAAUAAAUCUAUAACUUAUGUAUUGUACAUUUGUUCAGUUGCAAAAGUACAUUCUACCUAACUAUAUUAUUGAAAAUAUCAUUUUAGUAUAAUUAAAAUGCGUCUUUUAUGCA